AGCUGAAAUCCAAGUUCAUGGCCUUCAAGAAAUGCGCUUUUUACGAUGAGUGUGAGCAUAGAGAGGAGAAACCCGAGGGCGAGGAAGAAGGCAUGUUUGGAAUGAUGGGAGGGCGCAGUGAGGAUGAGGACGACAAGGGCAUGGACAAACAAGGCAAACAUUUCGAACUCUUCAUGAAGAUGAAGAAAUUCGUGGAGAAGCUCUUUGCCGAGAAAUACGGAGAGGACAAAGACAGUGAGGAAAGCUAUGGGGAGGACAGCUAUGGGAAGGACAGCGGGGAGGAAGAGGAGGAGGAUGAUGAUGAGGAGGGAGGGGAAAAGAGUCCCCUGAUGAAGUUCCUGUAUAAGCUGAAGAUGCACCUUGCUGAGCACGGAGAGAAAGGAUUCUGGGAUGAGGAAGGUGACAAGGAGGAGAAGGAGAAGAAGUUUGUCUUUUUCGCUUACAAG